GGCGGGGAGGCGGGGCAGCGCCGGCGGGGAUGGCGGCGCGGCGGCUCUUCCUGCGCGCCGGGCUGCGCCUGGGGAGGCGGAGACUGGUGGAUUCUCCUCUGCCAGCUGGUGUUCCUAAGCUCAGUUAUCGCUUUGCAUCAUCUCACAAGUAUGUUCCCAGGCGAGCUGUACUGUAUGUACCUGCAGAUGAUGAGAAGAAGAUAAGAAAAAUCCCGUCACUAAAUGUAGAUUGUGCCGUGCUGGACUGUGAAGAUGGUGUGGCUCUGAACAGAAAGAGAGAAGCAAGAGAGACUGUUGUGAAAACCCUUGAAGAGUUUAACUUUGGCCAUGCUGAAAAAUGUGUUAGGAUAAACUCGGUGUCCAGUGGCCUCGCAGAAGAAGAUCUAGAGGUGCUUUUUCAGUCCAAGACCCUUCCUUCAAGCAUGAUGCUGCCGAAGGUUGAAAAUGUUGAAGAAAUAAGAUGGUUUUCAGACAAAUUCUUACAUCACCUAAAAGGUCGAACACUUGUAGAACCAAUGAAUUUUAUCCCCUUUGUGGAAACUGCAGUGGGCUUGCUCAAUUUUAAGGCUGUCUGUGAAGAAGCAGUGAGAACAGGAUCCCAGGUUGGCUUUCAUUUGGAUGCAGUCGUCUUUGGAGGAGAGGAUUUCCGUGCCAGCAUAGGUGCCACGAGCAGUAAGGAAACUCACGAUAUUCUAUAUGCCAGGCAAAAAAUAAUAGUGACAGCAAAGGCAUUUGGCCUUCAAGCAAUAGACCUUGUUUACAUCGAUUUCCGAGAUGAAGAUGGGCUCCGCAGGCAAUCAAGAGAAGGUGCCUCCAUGGGAUUCACUGGUAAGCAGGUGAUUCACCCCAACCAAAUUGCUGUUGUCCAGGAACAGUUCUCUCCGAGCCCUGAAAAAAUAAAGUGGGCACAAGAACUGAUUUCUGCUUUUGAAGAACAUCAGCGAUUAGGCAAGGGAGCAUUUACUUUCCAGGGGAGCAUGAUCGACAUGCCAUUACUGAAGCAGGCACAGAACAUUGUUACGCUUGCCACAGCCAUCAAGAAAAAAUGAGCUGGGCCCACGGACGAAGUUACGUCACCAGCUGUGUGACAUCACGGUAGUUACUACAAACGCAAGAUUAUGACUUCACUGGAGGAGAAAGGCAAAGCAUAAGCUGUGAGCUCUGUUGGAAGAGCAGAGGGAAACUGAGUCAGUCGCUUCUAUUUGUGUCUACGCUUCUUCCCGCCCUGGUGCAGAACUCCUGUCAGAAGGGGCAAAGUCUCAAAUAAUUACGUACUGGUUGAAAUAAUUGUGGUGAAAAUCAUUACCCUGUGCAGGCUUCGCAUCUGUCCCGCCCCCAUCCCCCUCCCCCUUCUAUAAAUGUACAACAGCCAUUAAAAAUAUUGCUCUCACAA